AUGGAAGACCUUUAUGUCACAAACACAAUUUUUGCCAUCAAUUUCUUCAAGCAUCUGGCAAAUACAAGCACCACCCAGAAUCUCUUCUUCUCUCCAUGGAGCAUCUCAUCCACCAUGGUCAUGGUCUACCUGGGUGCCAAAGGCAACACUGCAGAUCAGAUGGCCAAGGUGCUUCAGUUUAGCAAAGUUGGAGUCCAUGAAGUCACCCCAGUGACCCCAGAGAACGUCACCAGUUGUGAAUUCAUGCAGCAGGUCCAGGUCACUUAUCCUGAUGCUAUUUUGAAGGUACAAGCUGAGGACACAAUCCAUUCAGGUUUCCGUUCUCUCAUCUCUGCCAUCAACUCGUCCACGGGGGGUUACAUAUUGGAAAGUGCCAAUAAGCUGUUUGCAGAGAAGACGGCGCAAGUCAGGGAAGAAUACAUACGCCUCUCUAAGAAAUAUUACUCUGCAGAGCCCCAGGAAGUGGACUUCCUAGAAUGUGCAGAAGGGGCCAGAAAAAAGAUUAAUUUCUGGGUUGAGACUCAAACCAAAGGUAAAGUUUUAAACUUGUUACCUGAAGGUUCUGUGGAUUCGGAGACCAGGAUGGUCCUGGUGAACGCUGUCUACUUCAAAGGAAAAUGGAAAACUCCAUUUGAGAAGAAAUUAAGUGGGCUUUAUCCUUUCCGGGUGAACUCGACUCAGCGUAAAUCUGUACAGAUGAUGUACUUGCACGAAAGGCUGAACAUUGGGUACAUAGAAGACCUAAAGACUCAGAUUCUAGAACUCCCAUAUGCUGGAGAUGUCAGCAUGUUUCUGUUGCUUCCAGAUGAAAUUGCUAAUGUGUCUACUGGCUUGGAGUUGCUGGAAAGUGAAUUAACUUAUGACAAGCUCAACAACUGGAUCAGCAAAGACACAAUGGCUGAAGAUGACGUUGAAGUAUACCUCCCCCAGUUCAAAUUAGAAGAGCACUAUGAGCUCAAACCCAUUCUGAGAAGCAUGGGCAUGAAUGAUGCCUUUAUCAAAGGCCAGGCCAAUUUCUUAGGAAUGUCAGAAGAAGAUGACCUGUUUCUGUCCGAAGUGUUUCAUCAAGCCGCUGUGGAUGUGAAUGAGGAGGGCACUGAAGCAACCGCUGGCACCGGGGCUGUCAUAUCAGGGAGAACCGGCCACGGAGGCCCACAGUUUGUGGCAGAUCAUCCUUUCCUCUUCUUUAUAAUGCACAAUACAACCAAGACCAUUCUCUUUUUUGGCAGAUUUGCCUCACCCUAA